GACCUGUAUGCCCCACUGGUGGUGCGAUAUGUGGACCUCAUGGAGUCAUCCAUCGCCCAGUCCAUCCACAGGGGCUUCGAGAGAGAGUCCUGGGAGCCUGUCAAGUAAGGACACCUCUAUGAUCAACACCCCAUUGAAGUGGUUACAUAGCCCGGAUGCUACUGUUUCUGCAUUCAAUUUGGCUAUAGUAGAAAUCGACUGAUACCCAGGCUAGUCAUAAUGCAGUGUAGACGUACUGUAUAGGUAGAUGCUAAUAUCUUCAGUUUUCAAACUUAAAUUACUGUCAAUGUUUUCAGGCUUUCCUGUUCAUGUUAACAUAAAUAUUCUGAUAAUAUUUUGGUAAUCAUGUGUACCAUAUAUUUGUACAUGAAAUAUGUUGAUAUCCAUACAUGAAGUAUGUCUAUUUGUGGGCAAUUGUGUAAAAAUAUGUUAAUAAGUACUAACAGAAUUAUUUACUAUCUAUUUAUUUAUAUUUGUCCUUAUUGCAGGUAAGACCAUCUCAAAAAAUAUUGUCGAAAACAUGUUUCCUUAAUGUUUUGUAUUCCCUAGAGCACGUGUCAAACUCAUUCCACGGAGGACCAAGUAUUCUGCGGGUUUUCCCUCCUCUCUUGUACUUGAUUGAUUAAUUAAGGUCACUAAUUAGUAAAGAACUCCCCUCACCUGGUUGUCUAUGUCUUAAUUGAAAGGAAAAAACCCUGCCCUAGAGUGUUCAUAAGGUACCCCUUGUAUGAAUGACAUUGCAGUUUGUUGUCACCACAUGUUGAGUUGUCAUCUAUCUUUUGUCAUUAUUCUCGUCAAUAUUGAUAGGACACUCUUUACACGUUAUUUGUCACCAUUACAUUUGCCUCUUCAAUUCAAUGCAAAGGUACCCUUACUUAUUUCAUCUUAAUAAGAUAUUUUUUUGGUUGCUAAUUUGCACAAAAAAAUAAUAAUAAUUCCCUCAUUAAUUUUAUUAUUUUUCUUGGCAUUGCUUUUAUCUAUUUUGCUUCUUUUAAAACACAUCCGCAUUACCACUGUUACAGGACAUAUUUUUCUGUUCUGUCUGUUCCCUCUACACAGGAGCCUAACAAGUAAUCUGCCUGAUUUGAAUCUACCAAAUGUCAACCUCCAAAUGCCCAAAGUACCAAAUCUACUGCCAGUUAGCCUCCUAACAAUGCCUAGCUUUUUUACACUGGAUGUCAACUACAUGUGACUCCGAGUGUGUAUUGAGUCUCUGUUGGAGCCUGAAACAUGAAACAUGCACAUGAUAUGUUCUUGGCAUGAACAUAUCACAUGUCCUCUGGGACACUGGCUCAACUUCUGAAGAUGGAUUGCAAUAUCCACCAAUCCUAAUUUAGAUGGGGUCAGCUCUAGCUUACAGUUUUUUUUUUGGAUUGCUAACAAGCAUUCUUCAAUACUGCGGAUACAUGUGCAAAACUCUAAAUACAGUUAUCAAAACAACAUGCAACUUGGCAAUGCACAUCCUACAUGUCUCAAAAGCAAAUAUUUUUACCAAAUAAAAGCUAACAGUCUCUCACGACAUGCACACUUUGUCAUUCAUAGUAUCAUGACCUACAAAACUCUAAAAACAGCUACCACUUUAAAAUGUGUCAAUUUGUCUUUAAUAUCAUAUUUUUUUUAGAUGAACCAACAGUCAUUUUUACAAAAGAAGAGUAGCAAACCUGCACUGUAUAUAAUGUCCUGCAAGAUAUGUAAAGAAAUAAAGCAGAACGCCUGUAAUAUGCUUCAAUACAAUUUACUGUAUUUUUGCAGAUUACUGUAUUUUGCUUUUUGCAGAGUAAUUCCAAAAUACACAAAAAUAAAUAAUUCCAGUACUGUUAAACAAACAAAAAGUGUAUACACACUGAAUAUGCAUAGCAUAUUGUCCAAAUGAAACACAUAUAUAACAAUGCUAGUCAACCCUGUCUGCUGCAUUGGGUUCCACAUCACACUGUAUGGCCUCUUGCGCAAUACACCUGGGAAAUAAUCUUUUUGCAUGCCUGAUCCAUCCCUGGCAAUCUUCUGCAGAGAUAUCCAGGCAUCCUGCAUUCAUUGCAUCCAAGAGUGACAUUUGAUCAUGUGGAUGGUGGUCAUAAACUUUCCACCUCCAGAGGAAAAUAAUUAUUCUAUGGGGUUGAGGAAGGGAGAGUAAGGGUGGAGGAAAAGUGACACCCUCCCGGGAUGGGCUGCAAACCACUCUGUGACUGCAUGAGAGUGGUGAAAUGUCACAUUGUCCCAUACAAUCACACAGGUUGCCCUCUUUCUUCACCUGGCAAAAGCCUUCCAUAGAGGUCAUCCAUGAAUGAAAUGAGGUGCUCUGUGUUGUAUGGCCCAAUUAGUGGUUUAUGGCACACAUUGUGACGUUGGCACCCCUCUGGCCCGGGACAUUCACUGUUGCUCUUUUCCCUAAUCACAUUCCUUCCACGUUGGCGUGUUUUGGCCAUUUUAAAACCAGCCUCAUCCACAAAGACGAACAUGUGGGGUGUUGGCUUCAAGCUCCAUGACACUCUAAAAUAGUGUAAAUCCACAGGGCAACAUAACAGUUAUUCUAUAACAGUAGUUUACAUUACAGUAUACUGUAACUGAAAUCACUGCUAAGUGUGCAGUGCUCUGGUGGGUUUUGUUUACAGUAAAAACAGUACUGUAUUACAGGAUAUAGACAUCUUACCUGGACAUAUUGGUACCGGAGUUCCUUGACAUGAUCAGAGUUCCUCUCAAAGGGAACAGUGUACACCUGCUUCAUGCUGAUAUUAUGCUUUGUCAAGACUCUAGCAAUGGGUGUCAUGCAUACACUUUCAACAUUUUGAAAUGUAUUAUUGUCUGCCAACACUCUAUCUUGAAGUUUAUGGCAUUGUUGCUAAUGACCAUGUCAACAAUUACAGCUUCCCUCCAUUUGGUAACCGUUGGGUCCUAAAACAGAAAUACAAUUGUGGUUCGGAGAGCUUUUGCUCGAUUUACUACCCUACAUUACAGUUAGAUGCCCAUGCAGAAUGCAUAUCUUACCUGUUAGUUUGCUGGAAGGUUCUUAUGAUAGAUGACACAGUUGAGCGUUGCAAAUUUGGCUGCACUCUAAGACCAGCAUCUCUCAUUGAUAGACCACGAUUGACAACAUGAUCAAUGAUUGUAGCCCUAAUCUCAUCUGACACUACAACUCUGGGUCUUCCCCUCAGUCGUCUUCCACCACGGAUACGUAAUCCUCUGCCUCUCCCGGCAACUCUUCCACCUCUGUAAGCCACUACACUAUCUCUGGCUGGGUCCAUGUUUAUGUAAAAUAUAUUCCAAAGAUGUCCCCUUUUGUAGAGAUGGUAAUGACAUAAAAAUGGAAAACACCUGGGUAGGUCUUCAGUUACGUAAUGUAGAAUGAAAAUCAGCUGUGAAUAAUUAAUUAAUUAAUUAAGAGUUAUUGUUAUUUUACUUUUACUGUAGCAAUGUAAAAAAUUGCAGUCUAAUUCAAUUUUUAGUAGCUUUUGAACUUGAGUUUAACAGUUUUGAUAAGGGUAUCUUAACAUUUGCAAAAUGGUCUGUAGAUACAUUUGAAGACAGAAGUUUACAUACACCUUAGCCAAAUACAUUUAAACUCAGUUUUUCACAAUUCAUUACAUUUAAUCCUAGUAAAAAUUCCCUGUUUUAGGUCAGUUAGGAUCACCACUUUAUUUUAAGAAUUUGAAAUGUCAGAAUAAUAGUAGAGAGAAUGAUUUAUUUCAGCUUUUAUUUUUGUCAUCACAUUCCCAGUGGGUCAGAAGUUUACAUACACUCAAUUAGUAUUUGGUAGCAUUGCCUUUAAAUUGUUUAACUUGGGUCAAACGUUUCGGGUAGCCUUCCACAAGCUUCCCACAAUAAGUUGGGUGAAUUUUGGCCCAUUCCUCCUGACAGAGAUGGUGUAACUGAGUCAGGUUUGUAGAACCCUUGUCGCACACGCUUUUUCAGUUCUGCCCACACAUUUUCUAUAGGAUUGAGGUCAGGGCUUUGUGAUGGCCACUCCAAUACCUUGACUUUGUUGUCCUUAAGCCAUUUUGCCACAACUUUGGAAGUAUGCUUGGGGUCAUUGUCCAUUUGGAAGACACAUUUGCGACCAAGCUUUAACUUCCUGACUGAAGUCUUGAGAUGUUGCGUCAAUAUAUCCACAUAAUUUUCCUUCCUCAUGAUGCCAUCUAUUUUGUGAAGUGCACCAGUCCCUCCUGCAGCAAAGCACCCCCACAGCAUGAUGCUGCCACCCCCGUGCCUCACGGUUGGAAUGGUGUUCUUCGGCUUGCAAGCUUCUCCCUUUUCCUCCAAACAUAACGAUGGUCAUUAUGGCCAAACAGUUCUAUUUUUGUUUCAUCAGACAAGAGGACAUUUCUCAAAAAAGUACGAUCUUUGUCCCCAUGUGCAGUUGCAAACUGUAGUCUGGCUUUUUUAUGGCGGUUUUGGAGCAGUGGCUUCUUCCUUGCUGAGCGGCCUUUCAGGUUAUGUCGAUAUAGGACUCGUUUUACUGUGGAUAUAGAUACUUUUGUACCUGUUUCCUCCAGCAUCUUCACAAGGUCCUAUGCUGUUAUUCUGGGAUGUAUUUGCAACAAAGUACGUUCAUCUCUAGGAGACAGAACGCGUUUCCUUCCUGAGUGGUAUGACGGCUGCGUGGUCCCAUGAUGUUUAUACCUGCGUACUAUUGUUUGUACAGAUGAACAUGGUACCUUCAGGCAUUUCGAAAUUGCUCCCAAGGAUGAACCAGACUUGUGGAGCUCUACAUUAUUAUUUCUGAGGUCUUGGCUGAUUUCUUUUGAUUUUCCCAUGAUGUCUAGCAAAGAGGCACUGAGUUUAAAGGUAGGCCUUGAAAUGCAUCCACAGGUACACCUCCAAUUCACUCAAAUGAUGUCAAUUAGCCUAACAGAAGCUUCUAAAGCCAUGACAUCAUUUUCUGGAAUUUUCCAAGCUGUUUAAAGGCACAGUCAACUUAGUCUAUGUAAACUUCUGACCCACUGGAAUUGUGAUACAGUGAAUUAUAAGUGAAAUAAUCUGUCUGUAAACAAUUGUUGGAAAAAUUACUUGUGUCAUAAACAAAGUAGAUGUCCUAACCGACUUGCCAAAACUAUAGUUUGUUAAUAAGAAAUGUGUGUAGUGGUUGAAAAACAAGUUUUAAUGACUCCAACCUAAAUGUAUGUAAACUUCCGACUUCAACUGUACAUUGUGUUUUGUUGGUAAAUGUGUUUUUGUGAGACAAGUAUUUAUGUAAUUUGAAAGAUGUUGUCAUUGAAUGCAUUUUGUGUCAAAGCAAUGACAAAUUAUCCACAGGUUGCCACAUAGUGUUGUUGUGAUAACUGUAUUUAGAGAUUUGCACAUGUUUCCGCAGUAUUGAACAAAAAACUGUAAGUGAAUUUGCAACAAUUUCAUUGAUUUUACUGAGUUACAAUUCAUAUGAGGAAAUCAGUCAAUUGAAAUAAAUUAAUUAGGCCCUAAUCUAUGGAUUUCACAUGACUGGGAAUACAGAUAUGCAUCUGUUGGUCACAGAUGCCCCCCAAAGAAUGGGCCUCACAAUGGGCCUCAGGAUCUCGUCAUGGUAUUUUUGUGCAUUCAAAUUGCCAUCAAUAAAAUGCAAUCGUGUUCGUUGUCCGUAGCUUAUGCCUGCCCGUACCAUACCCCACCGCCACCAUGGGGCACUCUGUUCACAACGUUGACAUCAGCAAACCGCUCGCCCACACGACGCCAUACAUGUGGUCUGCGGUUGUAAGGCCAGUUGGACAUUCUGCCAAAUUCUCUAAAACGAUGUUGGAGGCGGCUUAUGGUAGAGAAAUGAACAUUAAAUUCUCUGGCAACAGCUCUGGUGGACAUUCCUGCAGUCAGCAUGCCAAUUGCACGCUCCCUCAAAACUUGAGACAUCUGUGGCAUUGUGUUGUGUGAUAAAACUGCACAUUUUAGAGUGGCCUGGGUAAUGAUCAUGCUGUUUAAUCAGUUUAUUGGUAUGCCACACCUGUCAGGUGGAUGGAUUAUUUUGGCAAAGGAGAAAUGCUCACUAACAGGGAUGUAAACAAAUUUGAGCACAACAUUUGAGAGAAAUAAGCUUUUUGUGUGUACGGAACAUUUCUGGGAUCUUUUAUUUCAGCUCAUGAAACAUGGGACCAACACUUUACAUGUUGCGUUCAUAUUUUUGUUCAGUAUAGUUAGCUCAUGGUAGCUACUCAACUAUAGGCUACAAUACUGUGGUAAACAUUGUAGUCAAUAAAAAUCGCAAUUAUUAAUACAGUAGUUGAUCAAAUCAUCCUGGCCUAACUUGCAGAAGUAGGAGCGCUUUGAUCAGCCUUUGGUCUCUGGGUGCUUGUCUUUACUGAGGUAUGAGCCUCUCAGAUACAGUGGGGGGAAAAAGUAUUUAGUCAGCCACCAAUUGUGCAAGUUCUCCCACUUAAAAAGAUGAGAGAGGCCUGUAAUUUUCAUCAUAGGUACACGUCAACUAUGACAGACAAACAAGCAAGAUUUCUGGCUCUCACAGACCUGUAACUUCUUCUUUAAGAGGCUCCUCUGUCCUCCACUCGUUACCUGUAUUAAUGGCACCUGUUUGAACUUGUUAUCAGUAUAAAAGACACCUGUCCACAACCUCAAACAGUCACACUCCAAACUCCACUAUGGCCAAGACCAAAGAGCUGUCAAAGGACACCAGAAACAAAAUUGUAGACCUGCACCAGGCUGGGAAGACUGAAUCUGCAAUAGGUAAGCAGCUUGGUUUGAAGAAAUCAACUGUGGGAGCAAUUAUUAGGAAAUGGAAGCCCCAGAUCGAGGGAGAUUAUCAGUGGUCUCCCUGAUAAUCUCCCUCGAUCUGGGGCUCCACGCAAGAUCUCACCCCGUGGGGUCAAAAUGAUAAUGAUCCCACUUUGAUAUCGACGGAAUAUGAAAUGUCCCAUUUCAUUAGUGAUUCUGCCAGUUGUAAAACUCCAUGUCUACCUGUUAACUCUGAGCGCUCCUCCAGGGGGACCGUGGAGAGAGACAGCGUAAAGAUAAUUGCAAAGCUAUGUUUAGAUAUGGUGAUUAAAAGCACUUCUUCUGCACCUUGAGCUACACCUGAUACAUAAUCUAUCCCACUUCCCAAACCAGAGAGAAACAUCUUCAGCACCUACUAUUAAAAGUGUGUGUGUGUGCAUGUGUGUGUGUGUGCGUGUGUGUGCGUGUGCAUGUGCGUGCGUGUGCGUGAGUGAGUGAGACCCUGGCUGUCGCCAAGUUUUGGAUUCCAUGUCCCAAGGUUUGAUACCUUGUAAAUAAGCACUCAACAGCCAAUGAGAUGAAGCAGAAGUAUCCUCCCAAAGUAAAAGUUGUCUCUGAAGUAAAACUAAUAGCAACCACCUUUCACCUCCAUCGUAAUUAAAGGAAUACAUUCUCUGUCAAAAUGUAAAGGCAGUGCUCUGCCAAAGAUAGUCCUAAACUAGACGCAGGUUUACUAUUCCGUAAAUAAGCCAGAAAGACCAAACUCACCUCACAAAGGAAAACUCUCAAAUAUAGCAUUUACACGAGCACAUUGUUGAUAAUUAGGAAAAAACAGGCUUAGCCAAUUCUAAAAUAUGUAAUUAAACACUGCCAGUGAUCUGAUGUUCUGUUGCCAGGACCCCCAGUUGUCCCAGUGUUGUUGUUGUUCUACAAGCAGCCAUGUUCAUGCCAAGGCCCUAGCAUGGGGAGUGUGGUUAAAGUAGGCAGUGUUUCGAAAUGCAGAACCAUCAACGGCUUUUCAUUUUCCUCCUACUGCAUGUGUUUGAACUGAAGGGUGGAAAGACACAAAUGAAUUUUUAAGCUGAUGAAAAAACAACAGAAUGGACUCAUGCAAAAUGAUAAACAAUUAUUAAAUGAAGCCAAACCAAAGCCAGAGUUUAAAAGUGUUGAGUUUGUAUCUUUCCAUCAUAUCCCUCUGACCUCCAGUCUGUGGAAGGGAGGACAGGUCCCUGUUUACCCUGUGUUGGAGCUCUUACUUGUGGGCGCUAGUUGUGAGGAGGCCCCACUGUGGCUGGAGGGACCUGUGUGGCUGGAGAGAGCUGCUCUCUCUGUUUAAACAGUUUGGGGGAAGGGGACAGGGAAUGGGAGUGGGACACAGUCUCCUCCACCGCAUCGGAAAAGAACCCCACCCUUCAUAGUAUGUUUUCCCAGAGUGCACUAACUAACUGACCAACCUACAGUGUGCAUGGACCCCUACUGUUUCCCUUGUUCUAAUAACCACUCAACUCACUGUGAUUAUUGAUUGGUCAAAUACAUAUUAAUGUAUAUUUAUUUUUUACCAUAGACUGAUUGGUACCUUGGAGAACGCAAUUCAUAGAACCACAUUGGCCAGGAACAGGUCAACGAUAAAGUGUCUUUCAUUCAAAAUAUUUUAACCCAUCAGUAAAUGUUAAAAAUAACCCAAAGAAAUUGAAUCCUGAGACCUGGAUUUUCCCCAUCCUCUUUGACCCUUGAUGUAGUCUUUUACCCCCCAUGUGUACCCCUGUUAGGUACCAGUGCUAUAACCUUUGCCCUGUGCUUCCUGUCCAGUAAUGGCUCGGGGACGUCCGAGGACCUGUUCUGGAAGCUGGACGCUCUACAGACCUUCAUCAGAGACCUGCACUGGCCUGAGGAGGAGUUUGGUAAACACCUAGAGAGCAGGCUGAAACUCAUGUCCAGCGACAUGAUCGAGUCCUGCAUCAAACGGUGAGAGGAUGGGCCUGAAUGAGACACUUGCUUACACACAAUUACACAAACACAUUGUAGGUCUGUGUAUAGUUCUGCAACCUCUCUCCUUAAUCUCCCUGUCUAAAGGACGCGGGUGGCCUUUGAAGCCAAGCUUCAGAAGAGCAGUCGGACCACAGACUUCCGUGUGCCUCAGUCCAUCUGCACAAUGUUCAACGUGAUGGUGGAUGCAAAGGCCCAGUCAGCCAAGCUGUGUGCCAUGGAGCUGGGACAGGAGGUACAGUAGGCCCCCUACCUACUUCUUUAACUGGUCUUCUAUCAGACAUACGAUACCAUCUUAUACCAGUCCACCUCCACAGCCUCACAACAACAUGCAUAUUUACACAGUGUUUGAAUCAGUGUAAAGUUUUCACCUAUUAUAUUCCAGAGGGAAUAUCAUGUUUAUGAUUCUAGUGAUGUCUAAUAGUGAUUUCUCUGAUAUUUCACUCUGAUUUCUCUGAUAUAUCACAGAGCAUGCUGCACUGGAUAUACAGAUCAGUUAUCCAUCCCGGAUCAGUACCAAGGCACUUUGGGAAAAUCAUUUUGUGCUCACCAACUGUGUGCUAGAUGUGUAUUCUCUUAAUUGCAUGGAUUCAGGAGCUCCAGCUCACUUAGGAUCAAAAUUUCUAUGUUUCUAUUUCUUUCUAUAUGCACAUAUUAUGUAAUGGUGUGCUUAUACAAUACAUGUUGUAUAGUACAGUCGUGGUCAAAAGUUUUAAGACAGAAAUAUUAAUUUUCACAAAGUCUGCUGCCUCAGUUUAUAUGAUGGCAAUUUGCAUAUACUCCAGAAUGUUAUGAAGAGUGAUCAGAUGAAUUGCAAUUAAUUGCAAAGUCCCUCUUUGCCAUGAAAAUUAACUUAAUCCCAAAAAAACUUUUCCACUGCAUUUCAGCCCUGCCACAAAAAGACCAGCUGACAUCAUGUCAGUGAUUCUCUCGUUAACACAGGUGAGAGUGUUGACGAGGACAAGGCUGAAGAUCACGCUGUCAUGCUGAUUGAGUUAGAAUAACAGACUGGAAGCUUUAAAAGUAGGGUGGUGCUUGAAAUCAUUGUUCUUCCUCUGUUAACCAUGGUUACCUGCAAGGAAACAUAUGCCGUCAUCACUGCUUUGCACAAAAAGGGCUUCACAGGCAAGGAUAUUGCUGCUAGUAAGAUUGCACCUAAAUCAACCAUUUAUCGGAUCAUCAAGCACUUCAAGGAGAGAGGUUCAAUUGUUGUGAAGAAGGCCUCAGGGUGCCCAAGAAAGUCCAGCAAGCGCCUGGACCGUCUCCUAAAGUUGAUUCAGCUGCGGGAUCGGAGCACCACCAGUGCAGAGCUUGCUCAGGAAUGGCAGCAGGCAGGUGUGAGUGCAUCUGCACGCACAGUGAGGCGAAGGCUUUUGGAGGAUGGCCUGGUGUCAAGAAGGGCAGCGAGGAAGCCACUUCUCUCCAGGAAAAACAUCAGGGAAAGACUGAUAUUCUGAAAAAGGUACAGGGAUUGGACUGCUGAGGACUGGGAUAAAGUCAUUUUUUCUGAUGAAUCCCCUUUCCGAUUGUUACGGGCAUCCAGUAAAAAGCUUGUCCGGAGAAGACAAGGUGAGCGCUACCAUCAGUCCUGUGUCAUGCCAACAGUAAAGCAUCCUGAGACCAUUCAUGUGUGGGGUUGCUUCUCAGCCAAGGGAGUGGGCUCACUCACAAUUUUGCCUAAGAACACAGCUAUGAAUAAAGAAUGGUACCAACAUAUCCUCCGAGAGCAACUUCUCCCAACCAUCCAAGAACAGUUUGGUGACGGACAAUGCCUUUUCCAGCAUGAUGGAGCACCUUGCCAUAAGGCAAAAGUGAUAACUAAGUGGCUCGGGGAACAAAACAUCGACAUUUUGGGUCCAUGGCCAGGAAACUUCCCAGACCUUAAUCCCAUUGAGAACUUGUGGUCAAUCCUCAAGAGGCGAGUGGACAAACAAAAACCACAAAUUCUGACAAACUCCAAGCAUUGAUUAUGCAAGAAUGGGCUGCCAUCAGUCAGGAUGUGGCCCAGAAGUUAAUUGACAGCAUGCCAGGGUGGAUUGCAGAGGUCUUGAAAAAGAAGGGUCAACACUGCAAAUAUUGACUCUUUACAUAAAUGUAAUGUAAUUGUCAAUAAAAGCCUUUGACACUUAUGGAAUGCUUGUAAUUAUACUUCAGUAUACCAUAGUAACAUCUGACAAAAAUAUCUAAAAACACUGAAGCAGCAAACUUUGUGAAGACCAAUACUUGUGUCAUUCUCAAAACUUUUGACCACGACUGUAGUACAUACUGUAUAUGCAUUUCUGUCAAGGUUUUCACUUACAAUAGUUUCAAUGGCACUUACUGCGAUUGCUUUGUCUCCUGAUUUUGCUUUUGCUUGAAUAUGUGAUUUUGCUGUAGUUGCUUGCUUUUUCACCAUCACCAUGUCUAUAUAUUUUAUUUCUUUUCUCUAUCUUGUGAAAGUUUGUUAGUGAUUGGGUAAGUGUGGCUAACAAUUCAAUUGAAAUCUCACCCCUUGUUCCCAAAUGUAUAAUUAGCAGUCAUUGCAGUGUUCACCAGUCUUCCAACACUUUAAUUGUUUUGUUUUUCAUUAGCAUAUGUGUAGAUGGUACUGAAUAUACAUGGAGUAGAUGUAAGAGUCUUCAUAUCCGCACAAUCUAGAGACAGGUACCAAUUACCAGAGCAUAAUUAAUUAGUCUGAGGUCUUUUACAUGGCUCACGUGGAGACAUAAGAAUGCUGUCACACUACUGAUUAGCAUAUUGGCCUACUGUGAGACCUGGUAGCAACAAACAGAAGGGGAGGGAAAGGAGGGAAGCUGGACUUGACAUUGUCACUAACAUGUCUCUUUCCUAACAGAGACAGUACCAUUCCCAAAUCGACGCUCUCAUAGAGGAGACUGUGAAGGAGAUGAUCACCUUACUGGUAGCAAAGGUGCUGUUACUGUCUUACUCAUAUCUGAAAGUGAUAUGACAUGAAUGUUGUUUUUAAUGUGUUGGACUUGCCAGUAACGCAACUCCCUGUCCGUCAGUUUGUGGUCAUUCUAGAGAGUGUCCUAGCCAAACUGUCCAGAUACGACGAGGGCACACUCUUCUCCUCCUUCCUCUCUUUCACAGUAAGAACGCAUUCCUUCUCUCGUUCACCUCGUUCUCAGUGUACACUGCAUACAUAACUGGACCCUGAUCUUGUAAUUAUUUUAUUCAUCAUAGGGUAGGAAUAGCCUUGUUCAAAUAAUGUACCUUCAGCAAAUAUAUCUUCAGAAUGCAUACAGCAUUUUGCUCAUGAUAACACUCCCAAAGCAUUAAAAGGUUUUAGUAGGUUUACGGAUUUUAGUAGGUUUCCUGAACAUUGUAAUAGAAGUCGAAUUAACUUCUGAGUGCACUUUGCGACUACAUUUCCUGGCAUGACUUGGAAUUUUUCCUAUUUUGUUGCCUUACAACCUGGAAUUAAAAUUGUUUUUUUGGGGAGUUUGUAUCAUUUGAUUUUCACAACAUGCCUACCACUUUGAAGAUGCAAAAUACUUUUUUUUGUGAAACAAACAAGAAAUAAAACAAAAAACAGAAAACUUGAACGUGCAUAACUAUUCACCCCCCCCAAAGUCAAUACUUUGUAGAGCCACCUUUUGCAGCAAUUACAGCUGCAAGUCUCUUGGGGUAUGUCUCUAUAAGCUUGGCACAUCUAGCCACUGGGAUUUUUGCCCAUUCUUCAAGGCAAAACUGCUCCAGCUCCUUCAAGUUGGAUGGGUUCCGCUGGUGUACAGUAAUCUUUAAGUCAUACCACAGAAUCUCAAUUGGAUUGAGGUCUGGGCUUUGACUAGGCCAUUCCAAGACAUUUAAAUGUUUCCCCUUAAACCACUCGAGUGUUGCUUUAGCAGUAUGCUUAGGGUCAUUGUCCUGCUGGAAGGUGAACCUCCGUCCCAGUCUCAAAUCUCUGGAAGACUUAAACAGGUUUCCCUCAAGAAUCUCCCUGUAUUUAGCGCCAUCCAUCAUUCCUUCAAUUCUGUCCAGUUUCCCAGUCCCUGCCAAUGAAAAACAUCCCCACAGCAUGAUGCUGCCACCACCAUGCUUCACUGUGGGGAUGGUGUUCUCAGGGUGAUGAGAGGUGUUGGGUUGCGCCAGACAUAGCAUUUUCCUUGAUGGCCACAAAGCUAAAUUUUAGUCUCAUCUGACUAGAGUACUCCCACAUGCCUUUUGGCGAACACCAAACGUGUUUGCUUAUUUUUUUCUUUAAGCAAUGGCUUUUUUUCUGGCCACUCUUCCGUAAAGCCCAGCUCUGUGGAGUGUACGGCUUAAAGUGAUCCUAUGGACAGAUACUCCAAUCUCCGCUGUGGAGCUUUGCAGCUCCUUCAGGGUUAUCUUUGGUCUCUUUGUUGCCUCUGAUUAAUGCCCUCCUUGCCUGGUCCUUGAGUUUUGGUGGGCGGCCCUCUCUUGGCAGGUUUGUUGUGGUGCCAUAUUCUUUCAAUUUUUUAAUAAUGGAUUUAAUGGUGCUCCGUGGGAUGUUCAAAGUUUCAGAUAUUUUUUUAUAACCCAACCCUGAUCUGUACUUCUCCACAACUUUGUCCCUGACCUGUUUGGAGAGCUCCUUGGUCUUCAUGGUGCCGCUUGUUUGGUGGUGCCCCUUCGUGGUGUUGCAGACUCUGGGGCCUUUCAGAACAGGUGUAUAUAUACUGAGAUCAUGUGACAGAUCAUGUGACACUUAGAUUGCACACAGGUGGACUUUGUUUAACUAAUUAUGUGAAUUCUGAAGGUAAUUGGUUGCACCAGAUCUUAUUUAGGGGCUUCAUAGCAAAGGGGGUGAAUACAUAUGCACGCACCACUUUUCCGUUAUUUAUUUUGUUUAAAAAAAUUUAACUUUUUUUUUUUUUUUUUUUUCACUUCAUCAAUUUGUACUAUUUUGUGUAUGUCCAUUACAUGAAAUCCAAAUAAAAAUCCAUUUAAAUUACAGGUUGUAAUGCAACAAAAUAGGAAAAACACCAAGGGGGAUGAAUACUUUUGCAAGGCACCGUACUUAAGCAUAUUGCAGUCGCACACUGAAGCUACACUCACAUUAAACAGCUUUUGUAAAUAGAGGAAGUUGCACAGUUGGAAUCUCAUGUCUUUCCUUUUCACCUAAUCUCUCUGUCUCAUUUCAAGGUGAAAGCUGCAUCAAAGUAUGUGGAUGUACCUGUAAGUGAGAAUAGUGUUGUUAUCAGUUCUUGUGUUUCUCUUAUCCCAGUCCAAGUGUGUAUGAGUACGUGCAUGUGUGUCUCUGUGUGAGUCAUUCUUGUAUUUGUUUAUGUGCAUGCACACAUAUCUUGCCAUGUUUUUUGUCAUUCAUAUGGUUAUGGGCAGAAUCAGCUGGGUAGGCCUGCCAUGGGGCACACAUUGUGAGUGUCUCUGUUGUGUUGUGUAACAAAAGCACACCAGGAGUCUGCCUCUGGGGCAGAAUGCUCGCUGUGUUAUGCUUUAAACAGCACCUCAGAGGAGUAUCACUUAACUGCCAAUCGAUCCACAUGUCAACAAGGCACUUAUUAAAUGAAUGCCUUGUCAGUGAAUCUGUGAUUAGGACUCUUAUGUCCGCAGGGCCAGAGCCCUAGCUUCUGCAUGGUAAUGGUUUACUUAAUGCACAAAAUACAAUUACAGUGGAGAAACAUACUAAUUUGCACCCUUUGGAACCACUCAGGGAUGUGUUAACUAACUAAAUUCAGUUUACAGUGGCUGAUAAUUACACAUUCAUAUUACCUCGUCCGCUGGCAUGGGAGGAAGCAUUUCAUAUACCGGAGAAGAGGCGGGAGUGGGAAAGGCACACACACACAUAAGCACACACACAUCAACACACACACAUAAACACACACACAUAAACACACACACAUAAACACACACAUAAACACACACAAAUGGAGUGUCUUAUUUGCAAACUCAUUGUCCUGUGUGAAUAUUUGAGCUGGUAUGAGAAAUGGCAGCCCUCCUAACAAUCUGUUCAGCAGCCUGAUCAUGUGUUCCUGGCUCCUCUGUUCACUUUGCACAUUUCCAGACUGUGACGGAUGAUUCUGGGCCAAGUACACAUCUCUAAUAGGAAGUUCAGUAACAAAGACCGCCAUAUCCCUGGGUCUAUACACACUGCAAAUUAAACACCUCUCCAGAAAUGUCAACCAUAAACUCUAAGAUGAUUUCUCUGAGAUGAAAAGGACAAUUUGAUAACACUUUAGUUGAAUGUUUAUUUUAAUACCUGUCCGUUUUUCAUAUGCAUGUCUUAUGUCACUUUGCUGGUCACCAUGUUUAUUAUGGAGUCAACAGGGUUCAGUGCCUUGGUGAGACAAUGUAUCUGUUUUUCUUUGGCUAAUUACUCCUUUUCCCUCUCUUUUUCUCAACUCCCUCUCUCUGUCUCUGUGUGGUGUGUCCUGCAGAAGCCUGGGAUGGAUGUUGCCGACGGUUACGUGACCUUUGUGCGCCAUUCUCAGGACAUGCUGCGGGAUAAGGUCAAUGAGGAGGUUUACAUAGAAAGGUUAUUUGAUGUAAGUAAGAAAUGCCUUCUCCUCCCUUACAGGGGGAGGCUCUCCAAAAUGUGAUAGAACAGUCUGCUCUGAGGGAUAAGUCACAUUUUGAACAGCUCUCUGCCUUCUCUUACACAGCUGUACAAGUAG